UGGUAGGCCAUCGGGGGCCUGUUGGAGGAAGGCGAGAGAGGCAUGUGAGGGGCAGGGUGUUGGAGGGAAAGAAGCCCACUGAAUAGUAGUAAUAACCACCAUUACACAAUAAUGUUCUAUUGAUAUAUGCCAUAACUAAAGUACCUUAUAUGUUUCAUUCUAUUUAAUCUCAACUGCAAUCCUCCGAGGUGUAUACUAUUUGUCAUCAAACCCAUUUUAUGUCAUAGGAAAACUGAGGCACGAAAGAGGUGCUUUAUGCAAGGCCAUACGAGUAGGAUGUUGCCUGGCUUGGCUUCGAACUUAGGUCUGAAGGAUGCUAAGGACUGUAAUUUUAACAUCUUUGCUUUACGAAAGAAAAAGAAUGGGGUGUUAGAAGGAGAAGGGGAAGGCUGAGUGUAGUUUUAAGUGAAAGGGUGAUCCUGAACGGGAAGAGAAUGAUGACGGGAGAGAGUAUGGGAGAGGACUUGAGUUUGGAACCUUAUGAGCCUCCCCCUUCUAACUCACUACCUCCUCCUUAGUUCUUGCGGGCCCACAACUGUUCUUUGCUGACUAUGACUUUAUGAACCAGUGCGGUUCCUCUGGAGGAGCCAGCUUACAGACCUGGGCUACUUGGGUGGUUUUAAGAACCGUUUGAGCCACGGUUGAGUCCGCGGCGGUGUUUUCCAACGCUGUUUGGGGGUGGGCGAGUGCCAGAGGACCCUCUUCCGCACUGCUACCAUUUCUUUUUACGUGUCGUGCCACUUCCUUUUUCAUCUUAAUCAUGGACGGCAAAGCCUUUGUUUAGUCCUCUAGAACAGGGAAGUGAUGUUUAUCGUUCCUUGUACACGUAGGCUUAAACAAAACCAGACCAGAAAAACCAGGCUCAAACUAACGUUCUUUCCCCGCGUAAGGCCUGGUGGAUUGCCUGCAGGGAAAACUUUUCGGGGGCUUUAUCGUUAGUUGCUCUUCAAAGUCUUCUUGUGUAAAUAAGGAAUUCUGUUUUGGAGAAGUUUACACUGCAAGUCAACAGGAACGACCGACCUGAGCACAUUGCACAGAUCAUAUCAAACAUUGUGUGGCUUGCCCUCUAAAACUAGUGUGAGAGUGACUUCUCAAGUUUCUUCAGGAUGCCUGCAGCACUUGUGGAGAAUAGCCAGGUUAUUUGUGAAGUGUGGGCCAGCAAUCUAGAAGAAGAGAUGAGGAAGAUCCGCGAAAUCGUGCUCAGUUACAGUUAUAUUGCCAUGGACACAGAAUUUCCAGGUGUUGUGGUACGACCAAUUGGUGAAUUUCGUAGUUCCAUAGAUUACCAGUAUCAGCUUUUGCGGUGCAAUGUUGACCUUUUAAAAAUUAUCCAGCUGGGUCUUACAUUCACGAAUGAGAAGGGAGAAUAUCCUUCUGGAAUCAAUACUUGGCAGUUUAACUUCAAAUUUAACCUUACAGAAGACAUGUACUCCCAGGAUUCCAUAGAUCUUCUUGCUAAUUCAGGACUGCAGUUUCAAAAGCAUGAAGAAGAAGGGAUUGACACAUUGCACUUUGCAGAGCUGCUUAUGACAUCAGGAGUGGUUCUCUGUGACAACGUUAAAUGGCUGUCAUUUCACAGUGGCUAUGAUUUUGGCUACAUGGUAAAGUUGCUUACAGAUUCUCGUUUGCCAGAAGAGGAACAUGAAUUCUUUCAUAUCCUGAACCUUUUCUUUCCAUCCAUUUAUGAUGUGAAAUACUUGAUGAAGAGUUGUAAAAAUCUUAAGGGAGGUCUUCAGGAAGUUGCUGAUCAGUUGGAUUUGCAGAGAAUUGGAAGGCAGCACCAGGCAGGCUCGGACUCCUUGCUGACAGGAAUGGCGUUCUUCAGGAUGAAAGAGUUGUUUUUUGAGGACAGUAUUGAUGAUGCCAAGUACUGUGGGCGGCUCUAUGGCUUAGGCACAGGAGUGGUCCAGAAGCAGAAUGAGGAUGUGGACUCUGCCCAGGAGAAGAUGAGCAUCCUGGCGAUUAUCAACAACAUACCGCAGUGAUGGCAGCGGGCCCUGCAGGUUGGGCCUGAUUCCAGAGUGGUGCUUACUGUGCUGUGCGCUGAUCUUCUUCCCCAAGAUAAAAUGCUUCUUUUGAGCAAACUGUACCUACCAUCUGCAUUGAGCAGAAAGACUUUUGUUUUACUGAAGACAAAAAAUGUCUAUUUUAGAUCCAGAAGAGGGGAGUUUGCUCUGAAUUUGUAAACAAGUCUUCCCUAUUCCUCAUCCCCGAGCCUCUCCUCUCCAGUAGCCUCCUGCCACCAGCAUCCAUGGCUCAUUUGACACCUUUUUAAAUAUACAGGACAAGUCCGAAACAUACUAGUAAAAUGUAUAUAACUCUUAACCUGUUGUCAUUCUUUUUCUUUUAAAUUUGUUGCUAAUCUCUGAUAAUGAAGAUUUUUGCUGUGAUUCUCAGCUGAGCUGACGGCAUCCAAGGAAAAUGGAAAAAAUGGUGUUCUUGUGUAAUGGGUUAUAGAUACUGAGUCUUCUUUUCCUCCUCUCACCCUCCUUGAGGACAUUUGUUUUUCCUCCUCACACUUUGGUAGUCUUUAAUGUAUUACCAUAUGGAAAUGAAUUGCUUGGUACUGAAAUUUGAAGACCAGAUAAUGAAACUUUUCUUACAAGCAAAUAAUUCUACCUUCAUUCGUGAGAAAUUCCAGAGUGGGUAUUAAGCUGACCACUGCAGUGUCUUUUAUGUCUUACGUUCCAUGUGCCACUGAGAUUUGCUAUCACAUGUGCAUCAUCUGAAAUCAUUUUAAUGUUCAUGUAGGAAAGUAUCCUGGAUUUGAUCCUGAAGGAAAUUAGUAAGAUCAGAUUUUUGGGUCAUAAGUCUAUGGUUAUUGUCAGUAAUGAUUUCAGAUGGUCAUCUGUAGUCUCCCACCUGUUUUUUCCAUUUUCCCUGAUGUUUCUUUCAGCAAACAAGAGAAGUUAGGGAGAUGGAUUAAUGUGAGUAUCAGAAAUAUAAGUCUUUUAAAAAGUUACAGUGGUUACAUGUAAACAGGGCAGUAAAGGAAUUUGGUUUACAGAGUUCUCUUGGAGUACUAUCCUACAACUGGGGUAAGAAGCUCAGGACUUUUUUUUUUUUUUUAAAGCUAGUAGUCACUUAAAAAAUACACUGUAUUUUUUUUAAUGACUAUGGUAGGGAUAAUUUUGAAACCAAAAACUCUUUUGGAAUGGUAGAAGUAAAAAUUGGUAACUCACUAAAGUGGAAGAAUAGUCCUGAAUUUUAAAGGUUAUGGAAAACUCAAUUUGAAAUGAUUCAAAGAUGGCAAGUAUUAUAAGCUGGUAUUUAAGAUGCUUGUAAAUAUUAUUUAUGUUUUUAAUUUUGUAAAAUAAAGAUUUCUUUUUAACCACUGGCA